AUGAAGUAUCGCCGUGCCAUGGCCCUGAUCACGGCUAUCUGCUGGCUGAUUCUAUUGCCGGUGCAUAGUGCUGAUGAUGACCAAGUUAUGGUGACCAUUGUGAAUGAGAGCACUGUUUCGUUGAAUGUGUUCUUUGUGGAUUCGACCACCCGAGAAACUUUUUUUCUUCGAGAAUUGCCGCAUGGAGGCAAGCUCUCAUUACAGAGCUAUCCGGGGCAUGAGUUUGAACUACGAGAAGAUGCAGAUGACCCUGGCGUGUGCUCUCGGUCUCCAGAUCAGACGUGUAGAAGAACCUUUUUCUUCGCGGGGGAGGAAGAAGAUGUGGUCUUGAUCACAAACAAGUUUCAAGCCGAACAUACCACAGACCCGUCACUACUGGAAGACGUGAAUCAUCACGUCCAGCCCAAGGAGAACGUUUUGUCUAUUCUCAAUGACUCCGGAUCUCAAAUUCAUUUGUUUUGGAUCGAUACCAUCUCGGGGGAUGAGUUCCAAGUAACCCAUGAUGCAUCUCCCAUACAGCCAGGUCAGACACACACCAUCCGAAGCGCCAUGACGUAUCAGUUUCGAGUACAAGAGACCGGCACUUGUGAUUUUGUCGGCAGCGUUGCCACAAUACACUUUCAGCUGCCUUGUAAAAUGGCACAUUUCACCAAUCCAAAGGAUGAGAACCCCACCGUUACAAUCACACGACAAUUUCAUGUACUCUAUCAGGGAGAAACCAUUGGACAAUCCUCACAAGAUUAUCUUACAGAAGAUGAAUGCCCCAACUGCAACGACAACUACGAUUGGAUCCACAAAUGCCAUCGACUGAGUCAAGGAGACUCCAACAAAACGACCCAAUGCGUCCAACAGAAUUCCGCCCUGCGGAUACUCCAAACUCAUAAAGCGCUGGACUUGGAAGAAUCAUUGCUGCAAGAUGUGGGAGACAAGCUAGAAAAUUACACGUGCGCCGAUGAUACACUCGAAACCAGUCCACCCUUGCAAGUCACGGAAUGGACCCGGACCGAAAAUGAUACCACCGUCCGACCACCCGUAUUACACCAAGUCAAUCGCACCGUCUGGGUCAUGUUGAAUCGACCCGCUUCUCGCAUUCACCUCGUUCACGACUUUAUUGACGAAGAAGAAUGCCAAGCCUUGGAACAAUCCGCCAAACACAAACUAGGGAGAGGGACUGUCGCCGAUGGCAAGGGGGGGACCCAUACCAGUGAUCAUCGCAAGGCCCUGCAGGCGGCCAUUGUCGUGCCGUGGCACAUGGAAGAAGGGAACCAACCUAUUGCACGAUUGUCGCGACGUGUCUACGACUAUGUCAAUCAUGUACUUGGAUUGAAUAUACAGGAACACGGACAGGAAUCUUUAAUGUCGAUACAAUACAUGGGAAGAGGAAGGGAUGACAUGGCACCGGAUCGGUACAUGCCUCAUUGUGAUGGAGAUUGUAAUGGCCUCAAGCACAAGACUGGAACUCGAAUGGCGACCAUGGUCAUGUACUGCACACUACCCACCAAGGGCGGACACACCAACUUUCGAAAUGCCAAUGUCCAUGUCAAACCCCAAACGGGAAUGGGUGUAUUCUUCAGUUACAUCGACCCUGUUACCAAUCUGACAGACAAACAGUUUACUGAACACAGUGGCUGCCCAGUAUGGGAAGGGCAAAAAAAGAUUGUCACUCAAUGGGUUCGGUGGGGCGUGGACAAGGAGAAUCCCUGGACAUCAUUCAAUACAUUGGGAGUGAAGAAGUCCGAAGCGAAUGAGUGGGCGUAGUAGAACCAAGCACGCGGUUUGCUUUCGACUGUCCCAAGCAAACCAACAAGUCGUGGUUGAACAGUUUUCGGCAUGCUUGAACUACAAGUGGAGUAGGAAACUCUCGUAUGCUGAGAUCUGCUAGCUCAGCCUCCAUUUCCUUGUUGCUAGCUAGAUAGAGAGGGAAAGCAGUCCAAUGCUGUAUGAAAGCCAGUAGCAUUGACACGUGAUACGUGAUGCUUUGGUGUUGGACUACCGAUACUCGGGAACAGUUAGGAAUGAACACAGUGUGGAG